UCUAUCCUGUUUUGUUCUGCUAUUUCAUCUCCUUGACACUGUCCGGCUUUCGUGGCGCCAGCCCUCGUCCACGGCAAGGCUCGCUCGUCCGGCACGACAUGCCUAGGCCUCCGAGAGACCACUUCGACCCACGCAAUGAAUCCUCUGGCGCCAUGGCUUCUCUGACCUCUGACCGAACGGGUGCCCUCAGCCGCCCAGUGCCAACUCCUGAGACGCAGGACCUAUACAAUAGAUGGCGCGAAGAGGAGGAAAAGUUGACCCCGGAGUCAUUAGAGCAGGUGCCAGAAGGCGCUUCCGAUUUUCUACAGCUCCCCUCAGCCUCCACAGGAAGAGCCUCAUCCCCGUCACGGUCCCACGGCAGCACUGCUCCAUCCAUAUCCCAGGCCAUGAGUGGCAUGCAACUCGACCGGGACCGGUCACCGGUCAAGAAGACGGCAUCUGGUCGGCACGGGCCACUGCCCAAAAAGAAGCAACUGAAAGCCGCGCUGAUGCGUAAGCUGAAGGCCUGUGACGACUGUAGGAAGCGCAGAGUGGGAUGUAACCACCUCGACCUGUCUCUCUUCGAGGCCGCAUACCAAGCCACCAAGCCAAUAGAAACCCAACCACCCGAUCCUCCGUAUCAGUCGCCCUUGGGUGACCCAAUCGAUCUGCUUGGUGUCGGCGCAAGCCAGGACUUCGCGAGUUAUCCAGUCCCGCUUAUACAAGUGCCUAGAACUCCGGGCGGGACGAAUGAAGCUCUCCUGGACCACGACCUCAUAUUAGAGCCCAGAGAGCAUCAAUAUUCUACAGUUCCGCCGCACCUGGCAUACCCGCUCGCGAAUGUCGACUCAAUUCCACAGUAUCGACUUGCCACCUCGGCCCAGAAAGUGACAAUGGCUCAGUACCAAGCUGAUCCCGCCCUCCAGAGCAUGCGCUCGGCCAUUGGCAUGCCAAUUGGCAAACAAGUAUCGUCGAAUGGGCAAUGGGAUUGCUCUUGGGGCAGCGAAGAAUGCGACUCCUCUGUGUCAAGCGGCGGGGUGCCGUGCUGCCGCCAACGUUGCAUGACGUUGGAAGAGUUAAAGAUGCACUUCCAGUCGUCCCAUGCGUCGUUUCAUGGAGACUGGUCCAUGUGGCGAUGCACCUAUUGCAAAUUGGAUGAUGCGAAACCGACUGGGCGUUGCCCUCAAUGCUCCAACCCAUACUGGCAGCGGUGGCAUUGGGCCAACGUGGGCGUCAUGUCAGGACAAACGUCAAGACUUGUCAGCCGCGUUCCCACCGAAGAUGCGUCGCCGUCAAAUCGGUCCUCAUGGACCAACCAGUCGGCGUACUUCUCACACCCAGGUGGAGGCCACAGCGGCUCCUAUACUUCGUCCUGGGGUUAUGGGUAUGGAAACGCUUCGGGCCAACCAUCUUGGACCGCCCAAGCGGCCGCCGCGUGGCGUGAUUCAGAGCAGCGUGCGUCUUGCUGACUGUCUUGAUCACACACGCCUGCCCCGCGGUUGUGGUUCUCGCUGUCUUCCUUAUCGUGAUAAUCGACGACUGGCUGUCCAGCGGCACUUUCGGUGGCGGGUUCAAGCAGAUGGUUGCUGAGCUCGCUUCUGACAUCAUUCACAACGUCGGAAGUCGGAUCCCGGAGGUCUCGAUCGCGUGCAUUACAACCGGGUUGUUUUCCUCAUGGUUGGUUCGACAUGUUAUGGUUC